UGGAGAUCUCUCAGAGCAGCAGCCCCUGAUCAUGUGACUCCUCCUCCUCCAUGUGACUGAUCACAUGACGGUGACAUCAUCGCAGGUCCUGUAAGCACACGGCUCCUCUACAGAUACAGGUUUCUCCAAUCCAGGAUCCUCUGCUGAUAUCUUCUAUAUAAGAGAAUUCUCCUGGAUGACCCAUCCACCAUGGAGAGAGACAGGAACAAGAUGGCCGACAGGAUCAUAAACCUCACCCUACAGAUACUCUUCCGGCUUACUGGAGAGGUUCCUAUAAGGUGUCAGGACGUGGCGGUCUAUUUCUCCAUGGAGGAGUGGGAGUAUGUAGAAGGACACAAGGAUCAGUACAAGGAUCAGGUCAUGAUGGAGGAUCAGCAGCCCCUCACAUCACCAGUCAGAUCCAGUAAGAGAACAGCACCAGAGAGGUGUCCCUGUCCUCUUCUUCCACAGGAUGAUCAGGGAGAAGAUCCAAACAAUAUUAAUGCUCCAGAGACAGAUGUGAGCGGUGAUGAGCAGUAUAAGGAGGACAUUCGUACAGAGAAAGAUCUGAUCUAUUUUAAUGCUACAGACAUAAAUGAAGAAGAAGAGACAGAUGUGAGCAGUGAUGAGAAGUAUAAGAAGGACAUUCUUACAGGGAAAGAUCUGAUCUAUAUUAACGUAACAGACAUAAAGGAAGAAGAAACAGAUGUGAGCAGUGAUGAGCAGUAUAAGGAGGACAUUUCUACAGGGAAAGAUCUGAUCUAUAUUAAUGCUACAGACAUAAAAGAAGAAGAAGUGACAGAUGUGAGCGGUGAUGAGCAGUAUAAGGAGGACAUUCCUUCAGGUAACCGCCCAGAUUCUUGUACCAGGAGAUCAGAGGAGAAUCUUAUAUCUUCAGAUUAUAAAGCAGAUGAUGAUAUCACACAAGAUACAUAUGAAGAACAUUCCAUUAUCCCAGAUACACCCUCAGCCCUUCACAGCCAAGAUCUGUCAUCUCAUCCUUAUAUACAGGUCCUGUCUUCUCAGUCAUCACAGGAUGUUCAGCAAAAUAAAAGUAAUAGAAGGAAUGAUGGACAUCAACGAGCUCAUACAGGAAAGAAACCAUAUUCAUGCUCAGAAUGUGGAAAAUGUUUAAUUAAGAUAUCAAGUCUUGUUGAACAUCAGAAAAUUCACACUGGAGAGAAACCAUUUUUAUGUUCAAAAUGUGGUAAAUGUUUUAUUCAGAAAUCAGUUCUUGUUCAACAUCAAAGAACUCACACAGGGGAGAAGCCAUUUUCAUGUUCACAAUGUGGCAACUGCUUUACUAGGAAAUCAAAUCUUGUUCAACAUCAAAGAACUCACACAGGGGAGAAGCCAUUUUCAUGUUCAGAAUGUGGGAAAUGUUUUACUGAAAAAUCAGGUCUUGUUCAACAUCAAAGAACUCACACAGGGGAGAAGCCAUUUUCAUGUUCACAAUGUGGGAACUGCUUUACUAAGAAAUCAAAUAUUGUUAAACAUCAAAGAACUCACACAGGAGAGAAGCCAUUUUCAUGUUCAGAAUGUGGGAAAUGUUUUACUUGCAAAGGAGAUGUUACUCGACAUCAAAGAACUCACACAGGAGAGAAGCCAUUUUCAUGUUCAGAAUGUGGGAAAUGUUUUACUGAAAAAUCUAAUCUUCUUAAACAUCAGAAAACUCACACAGGAGAGAAGCCAUUUUCAUGCUCAGAGUGUGGGAAAUGUUUCACUGACAAAUCAGGUCUUGUUAAACAUCAAAGAACUCACACAGGGGAGAAGCCAUUUUCAUGUGCAGAAUGUGGGAAAUGUUUUACUCAGCAAUCACAUCUUGUUAAACAUCAACAAGCUCAUACAGGAAAGAAACCAUAUUCAUGUUCAGAAUGUGGGAAAUGUUUUACUAAGAAGUCACAUCUUGUUGUACAUCAAAGAACUCACACAGGGAAGAAGCCAUUUUCAUGUUCAGAAUGUGGAAAAUGUUUUACUAAAAAAUCAAGUGUUCUUAGACAUCAAAGAACUCACACAGGAGAGAAGCCAUUUUUAUGUUCAGAAUGCGGGAAAUGUUUUACUGAGAAAUCAAUUCUUGUUCAACAUCAAAGAACUCACACAGGAGAGAAGCUGCUUUCAUGCUCAGAAUGCGGGAAAUGUUUUACUAAGAAAUCGCAUCUUGUUCAACAUAAAAUAACUCACACAGGGGAGAAGCCAUUUUCAUGUUCAGAAUGUGGAAAAUGUUUUACUAAAAAAUCAAGUGUUCAUAGACCUCAAAGAACUCACACAGGAGAGAAGCCAUUUUUAUGUUCAGAAUGUGGAAAAUGUUUUACUGAGAAAUCAAUUCUUGUUCAACAUCAAAGAAGUCACACAGGAGAGAAGCUGUUUUCAUGCUCAGAAUGCUUGAAAUGUUUUAUUAAGAAAUCACAUCUUGUUAAACAUAAAAUAGCUCACUCAGGGGAGAAGCCAUUUUCAUGUUCAGAAUGUGGGAAAUGUUUUACUUGGAAAUCAACUCUUCUUCAGCAUCAAAGAACUCACACAUAAGAGAAGCUGCUUUCAUGCUCAAAAAGCGGGAAAUCCCCAUAGCAAACAUAUGCUGCUCUGCACAUUUCCUAAAAUACAGAAAUGUCAGCAGAGAGCACUGUGUUCCAAAAAGUAAAGAAUUUCCUCUGUAGUAUUCAGCAGCUAAUAAGUACUGGAAGGAUUAAGAUUUUUUAAUUGAAGUAAUUUAAAUCUGUUUAAAGGCGUACCCUGCCCCUAGCAUCUUAUCUCCAAUCCCAAGGAUAGGGGAUAAGAUGUCAGAUCGCGGGGGUCCCGCUGCUGGGGACCCCUGGGAUCUCCCGCUGCUGGGGACCCCUGGGAUCUCCGCUGCAGCACCCCGCUUUCAUUACUGCACAGAGGAAACUCGCUCUGUGCGUAAUGACGGGCGAUACAGGGGCCGGAGCAUCGUGACAUCACGGCUCGCCCCCUUCAAGUCUAUGGGAUAGACUUCUAUUGAGGGGGCGGGCUGUGACAUCACGAGGGGGCGGAGCCAUGACGGCAUCACUAAAACCGUAUCACUAAAUCUCUGACUCCUUCUUCCAACGUGUUUCUCUCAUAAUACCAUUUGAGUUAAUCAGGGAUGGAGGAGAUAUACAUAGAACUGUAUACAAUGUGAGUCGAGAAUAGACACAAAAAACAUACAAUAGACUAUUAUAGAUCGGUAACAAAUGAUCAUUGGUGAAGAUUCCAUCCAGUAUUCAUAGUAUGGUCCAGUAUAUAAGAAUUAAGAGCCAGUACAAAAAGAUAGAAUAUAUCAUUCCCAAAUCCUUAUUAAUAGAACCUUAGGGUAUAGAGAGAAUAAUACUAAGUAGUUCUCAUAUAUCCCAAGUAGAGGAAUAUUCCACAAUAGGAACAAUCUGCAGCCGCUAUUCCUGCAAUUCCUUAUUAUGGUUCCCACAUAGUGAUAGAGGCUCCGCACAAACUCACAGAAGUGAUGGAGUAUAGAGAGGUAUAUGGGAAGAAAGACGCCAUUAAUGAGGAGACAAUAUAAAUAGAGAUCCUGAAGUCACACAGGAUAGUGGGAAUAGAUAGAUGGACAAAUAGUAAGAAGAAAACAACAAUAUCAAGGACUCAGGGGAUGUUAGGGACCAAA